AUCUUUGCACAACAUAGAGGCUUCUAGAAAGCAAGACCUUGAGGUCCUCAGAGCAGAGAUGCAGGCUAAAAUAAGCAAGGAUUUGGAGGCAGCAAAGACGUCGUGGUCUGAGGAGAACCUGCUGGAGAUCGACAAUAAACUAGGAAGGACCGUGGACAGAAACACCGCAAGGGCGCUGGAAUCCAUGCGGGAGGAGAUGGAGAGGAUUCUGACUGAGAAGCUGGCUGUGUUGCAGAGCCAAGUGGAAGUCUCACAGCACGCAGCCCCACCUCCGGAGGAACUGGCCAACACCCAGACUUCCCUGCAGGCAAUCUCUGAACAAAUGCAAUCUCUGGCGACAUCUUUGCACAACAUAGAGGCAUCUAGAAAGCAAGACCUUGAGGUCCUCAGAGCAGAGAUGCAGGCUAAAAUAAGCAAGGAUUUGGAGGCAGCAAAGACGUCGUGGUCUGAGGAGAACCUGCUGGAGAUCGACAAUAAACUAGGAAGGACCGUGGACAGAAACACCGCAAGGGCGCUGGAAUCCAUGCGGGAGGAGAUGGAGAGGAUUCUGACUGAGAAGCUGGCUGUGUUGCAGAGCCAAGUGGAAGUCUCACAGCACGCAGCCCCACCUCCGGAGGAACUGGCCAACACCCAGACUUCCCUGCAGGCAAUCUCUGAACAAAUGCAAUCUCUGACGACAUCUUUGCACAACAUAGAGGCUUCUAGAAAGCAAGACCUUGAGGUCCUCAGAGCAGAGAUGCAGGCUAAAAUAAGCAAGGAUUUGGAGGCAGCAAAGACGUCGUGGUCUGAGGAGAACCUGCUGGAGAUCGACAAUAAACUAGGAAGGACCGUGGACAGAAACACCGCAAGGGCGCUGGAAUCCAUGCGGGAGGAGAUGGAGAGGAUUCUGACUGAGAAGCUGGCUGUGUUGCAGAGCCAAGUGGAAGUCUCACAGCACGCAGCCCCACCUCCGGAGGAACUGGCCAACACCCAGACUUCCCUGCAGGCAAUCUCUGAACAAAUGCAAUCUCUGACGACAUCUUUGCAAAACACGGAGGCAUCCAGAAAGCAAGACCUUGAGAUCCUCAAAGGAGAGACGCAGGGCAAAAUAAGCAAGGAUUUGGAGGCAGCAAAGACGUCGUGGUCUGAGGAGAACCUGCUGAAGAUAGACAGUGAACAAGAGUCCCUGAAGAAGGAGAACGGUAAGCGUGUCUGUCUGCCUGAAGGCCAAGCACAACAGCUGAUGUGUAGUUUUUUGGGACAUGGUAUAGUGGACCUGUGUGGAGGAGUCUUUGGAACACAAGCAAGAAACUGCUGCAUGCACAGCGGUACAAAGGCUGGAAGUGUCAAAAGACGGAAGAGUGUAACUGACACUGGUGCAAUCAGAAGGGUGCAUAGCAAGAAGGAGAGAUUUGAUUCCCACACUUUUGUGUUGGCAAAGGAAGGUUAUGCAUCUGGGAGACUCUACUGGGAAGUGGAUGUUGGAAAGAGGAGAAACUGGAUCUUGGGUGUUGCCCAGGAGGCUGUGACACGCAAAGGCACUUUGGAUCUUUUUCCUCAGAAUGGCUUCUGGGCCAUAGGGUUGUCAGAUGGGCAAGACUAUUGGGCUUACACAGAUCCUUGGACCCGUUUGACUGUGGGUGGUAAACCACGUAAGAUUGGGAUCUUCCUGGAUAUCUCAGCCAAGAAGCUGUUAUUUUACAAUGUCCACCAGAAGAAUGUUUUAUACACUUUUUCCUUUGAUAGUAGCCAAAACCAGGAAAUGAAGCUGUUUCCUUUCUUCUCAACAGGUCCCACUGCAACACAGGUUGACACUGAGCCUCUACAAAUAGCCCAGGGGUUUGAUGAUGAUGAUAAGUGAAGAGACAAAGUGAGAAUGUACAGCUAAUUCAUGGUUGAAAUCCAGAGCCUUGGUUCUGACUACGUUGUAUUUAACCCCAUGCUUUUUGCCACCAAAUUAAAACCUAAACACUAAUUCAUAAAA